AUGGCGUCGUGCUUGCAUGGAAAUGGAUCCUUCUCUCGACUGCAAUAUGCGGAAGAACAGAGCAGUAGCUUAUUGCCUCGGCACAAAUUGGCGAAUAAUAACUCCUUUUUAAAUACUAAUCAGAUUCGCCGACCUAAACGAACCACCAUUGCUGCAAAUUGCGCCGACAGAGACAGAAAAAAUCUAUCUUCAAAACCAUCUGUGUUUCAUAAUAUUGUCGAUUCCGAUCGGUUGAUGAGCAAUAGCUACGUUCGGCCAAAUAAAAGGAUCCCGGACGAGGAGGCUCAGGUUAUUGCUGAAGAACUGGAUCGUUGGGUUAGAGAUUCUGCCGUUGAGAUUGUGAAUAACCUCGAUGAAGCCCCUUUUCUUGUGCACGUGUACAGUGAUAAUGGUGAUAGAUCAACUCAAACGACAGGAAUGAAAUUGGUUAGAGAAAAGGCCAUGGCGGAGGAUUGGCCUUUCAUCAAGAAAAGAUGGGAGGGAGGGAGCCCGACCCCAAAUGGUAUUAUUUUGGUGGAAGAACUCGAAACAAAACCAGAACCAGACAAAGAGAUGAUCGAAAUCACUAAUCAAUCGACUAAGAAGUGGGGGAUACUUAUCCAAGGAAAAGGGAUAAAUUGUACAGCUUGCUACCUUCUCAAGACUAGUCAAGUUCAAUCUGUGGCAGGAUUUUGCACUCAUUUUUGUUUAGUCAGGGUUGAUUGUUUUGUUGAACAUGCUGAUAUUCUACUUCAAAAAAUGUGGUUGCAAAGUUAA